CAUUGUACACAGAGUCCUUGGAGCCCUCUAGUCCUCUGUCAGCCUCCGAGCAAGGUUAGGCGGAGAAGGGAAGGAAAGAAACACAGGUGUAUGCGUAUGGAUUUCAGCGCAGGCUUUCAGACUCCGCAUUUUUUUUCUCUGUUCUUAUUUACGUAUUGUCCUACUCUGUUGUCGGCAGCUUUAGGAUCCUUAAUGGGACUCUUGGACAGCAGUAGCUGGUCUUAAGAGGAAAGAUAAGGUGAUAUCCUUUGCUGAGCUAGGGCCAGAGCUGCCGAGAGGGUAAUAAGAUUUUAGUUGAAGGAGUAUUGCUGUGCCAGGUCAGUCUGAGGAAGGCACAUUGGUUAGCCUUAUCCUCUGCAUUCCAUGUGAGAGAUUACUGGAAGAGCUGCUGUAGAAUCAGUAGCUCAGGUGGCGUCGUGCAGUUCAGUACUACUAGAAAAUAAAGACGUUUAAAAGGAAUUAAACUUGAGUGAGGCUGGAUUUUUGGUUAUGAUAAGUUGAUACCAUUUUGUUUGUGUUGCUUAGCGUGAAGGUUAGAAUUCAGAGCAAAAAAUUAAGUCUUUUUUUAUCUGCAGGAAUUGCUGGAAAGUGUUCCUGGAGAGAGAGGCAGGCAGGCAGCCCAAGAUGUAUUUCUCUUGAAGAGGUGGCUAUUUUUGCUGCUUUCGAGCUAAACUGGAACAGAAGUCUAUAAGCACAUUCUGUUGAGAUUAAAUGCAAGCUCUUCUGCAACAAAUGUUAAAUUCAAGGGUAAUGAAGCUGAGCGUGAGCCGAUGGAAGCCUCAGUAAAGCCAAUUUGAAAUGUUGGGAAACUGCUGAACGUCGGGAAAUGUCUCCUCCGAACAGCAGUUUUGGAAGAUAGGUUUUUUUUUUUCCCCCCUGUGAAGGAAACCUCUUUGGAGCUUUUGUAAUUUGCUGAGGGGAGGCUCUCAACGAGAGCACAGGAUUGCUGAAUUUGAGCCAGCCUGCUGAGAUAAGCCCCAGCCUGCGGCCGCUGAGGGCGAGCACUGCCGGCGCCUUGCUUGCGUGCUGAGAAAGGGAGGGUUCACACAGCAGUCCAUCUCCGGUGACGGAUGGGGCCAGACUCGCUGCUGUCCUUUUCCUCAGAGUUACACCUGCGGAUCUGAAAAUCUUUUUGCCGUUUAAAGAAGAGCCAGCGCCAGGAAAAGAAACGAACCAGAAUGCAUCUAGUAGUGGAAUCCUCGCAAGACGCUGUACUCAAGAUGCUGCCUUAUUUUAUGGAGAAUGCUGUCCUGAGUCAGAAUGAAAUCUAUCGCAUCCUGAGUGAGAGCUUCUUCAUGGUGAAGGGAGCAGCUCUCUUUCUGCAGCAGGGAAGCAGUCCGCAGUGCCAGAAGGUACACCCCCAUCACAAACAUGCAGGUGAUUUACCUCAGCACCUGCAGGUGAUGAUAAAUCUUCUCCGUUCAGAGGACAGAAUUAAACUGGCAGUACGUUUGGAAAGCGCGUGGUCAGAUCGCGUGCGGUACAUGGUAGUAGUUUACACCAGUGGGCGCCAGGACACAGAAGAGAACAUUUUGCUGGGCAUGGACUUCAUCAACAAAGACAGUAAAAGCUGCUCAAUCGGAAUGGUUUUGCCGCUGUGGAGCGAUACCAAGAUCCAUUUGGAUGGAGAUGGAGGUUUCAGUGUAAAUACAGCAGGAAGAUCUCACGUCUUCAAGCCUGUGUCUGUCCAAGCCAUGUGGUCAGCACUGCAGAUCCUGCACAAGGCAUGUGAGGUGUCAAGGAGGUACAACUACUUCCCAGGCGGUAUGGCCCUGACCUGGAUGGGCUACUAUGAGAGCUGCAUCUCCUCUGACCAGAGCUCCAUUAAUGAGUGGAACGCCAUGCAGGACUUGGAGACCAUGCGGCCUGACUCCCCUGCCAUGUUUGUUGAUAAGCCUACAGAGAGGGAGCGAACAGAGUGCCUUAUUAAAGCCAAGCUCAGGAGCAUAAUGAUGUUCCAAGAUUUGGAGAAUGUUACUUCCAAGGAGAUUCGAAAUGAGCUGGAGCAGCACAUGAACUGCAAUCUAAAGGAGUACAAAGAGUUCAUUGAUAAUGAGAUGCUGCUCAUCCUUGGGCAAAUGGACAAAGCCACGCUCAUUUUCGACCAUCUCUAUCUGGGCUCAGAGUGGAAUGCCUCCAACCUAGAAGAACUGCAGGACUCCGGUGUUGGCUACAUCUUGAACGUGACCAGAGAAAUUGACAACUUUUUCCCAGGCAUGUUUUCCUAUCACAAUAUACGGGUUUAUGAUGAUGAAGCCACAGAUCUCCUGGCUCAUUGGAAUGACACGUACAACUUCAUAGUUAAAGCUAAGAAGAACCACUCCAAGUGUCUGGUACACUGCAAGAUGGGUGUCAGCAGGUCUGCAUCCACCGUCAUCGCCUACGCAAUGAAGGAGUACGGCUGGUCGUUGGAGAAGGCUUACAAUUAUGUCAAACAGAAGCGAAGCAUCACGCGCCCCAACGCCGGGUUCAUGAGGCAGCUGGGAGAGUACGAAGGAAUCCUCGAUGCCAGCAAGCAGCGGCACAACAAGCUUUGGCGCCCAGACUCGGACAGCGAGCUCCCCGACGGCCAGCAGCCCCCCGCCCAGUGCGGCAGCGCGGACGGUCCCGGGGAGCUCACGCCCGAGCCCGCCGAGGCCUGGGGGGGCCAGGAGGCCAGACCCUCGCCCUGCAGGGCCAUCGGAGUGGAGGUGGACCCCGCCGACCCCCCCAAUUACAACUACUACUUCAGGAGGCUCUCGGACUCGGCCCUGGACAGCGACCCCUGCACGCCGGUGCGGGCCCCGCCCGUGCUGGACAUGGAGCGCGUGUUCAUCGAGAUCGAGGACGUGGAGCGGGACGCCCUGCUGGACGACGAGGGCUUCGAGACCAGGGAGUGCCCCCUGCCCCACUUUGCCAUGCCUGGGGAGGGCACCGCCGCACAGACCUGCUGCCGCCUGGAGCCCCUGGAGGCUGACAUCCGCAUGAAGCUGGAGUUCGGCACGGUGGAGGAGGAGGACGAGGAGGAGGAGGAGGAGCAGGAGGAAGCUGACAUGGUGCCCCUGACCGCCCCGGGGGUGGGAGGGGGAGGGGGAGGGGGCGGCGGGGGGAGCGAAGGCAUGCUUGAGGAAGAGAAGGAAGAAGGCGGGCCGCUUCCCUGCUCCUCCUCCCUGGCAAACAGGAACAGGCUCAACAAUGAGAAUGCCAACAACAACAACAGCCUCAGCAGCAGCAAAAGGAGUUGCCCACCUGGGUUUGAUGACAGUGCUAACACCAGGAACACAUACAAAAUCAAGCCUCCGUACCAGGCCUGUACAGACUGCAUGCAUUCCCCAAAAAGCCAGCUCUGUGAGCCCAUGGUUGUGGAGCGUGCCCAUCGCCUUAACCCUGCGCAAAUGUGUAGCAUCACAAACAUCUGCGUGCAGAACUCUGGCUCCGCGUUAGCCGAACACGCCACCAUUUCCAACAUGUCACCUUUGUCCGGGCUGUGCAGGGCCACCAGUAGACGCUGUUCACCGAGUAACUGUGCCAACAGCGGUAUUUCGGCAUCGGCAGCACAUAUGGAAGCCUAUCGCCAUCAACAGGUUUCGCCGAUGAACUGCGACGAGCUGCCCCGAGACCAGCACAGGGAGUUCGAGGCCGAGUCCAUGAAUGAUUUGUCUGAAGUAGAGCACAGAAAGGGUUCUGGAAAAACUGCUAAAGAUUUAAGUCUGCUAAAGCUCAGUCUAGAGGCGGAGAGACCCAUAGUGCCCAGUUAUGUGAUGCAGCAUCAGGAGUCCAUAAUGCAGCUCCAGAAGGCGGGGUUGGUCCGCAAGCACACAAAGGAGCUGGAAAAGCUGUCAAGUCUCUCCUUGGAGUCCCCCAAACCAUGCAGCCAACUUCCAGAGCAAAUGGACACCUGUUCUGAGGAGCCGGAUGGGAUAGAGACAGUGGAGGACAUGGAGAUCGACUCCCAUACUUUACCGGAGGCCUGCCACAAAACAUCCACGCCAUGUGUUGGCCGUCUCGAGGGCACGGAAUCUCUGCCAAAUGACAUCCUGAAGACGGUGGGUGGGCUGACUCCCGUCUCCUCCCCACACGGCUCCACGCUGACGCGCAGCUCCAGCACCGAGAGCCUGCACAGCGUGAGAGGGAAGCCUGGCCUGGUCAAGCAACGCACCCAGGAGAUCGAGACCAGGCUCCGUCUGGCUGGGCUGACCGUGUCUUCCAAGCUGAAGAGGUCCAACUCCCUGGCCAAGCUGGGCAGCCUCACCUUCUCUUCUGAGGAUCUGUCUUCCGCCUGCUCCUCAUCAGACACCAACACCAUCUUGUUCUCCACGUCUGCUGAAGCCAGUAACGCCGAGAGCUGGUUGGUACCAGGCUCCCACCCAGUCAAAGCCACGCUGAUCCAAGGAAGCUGGACAAAACCGCUGAUUGGGAGCAGUCCUGGAUGUCCUCCUCAGAGUUGAUCUCUUUCAGCUUAGAUGUUCAUCGGGAGUGAUGGCACUCCUGCCUUGCUUGUCAUUAGUAAGAAAAGGCAUUUGUUGAGUGAGACCGAGCAUGCAAAAUUAUAAAAAUUUUAAGAAAACGUGUAAUAUAUAUACAUAUUAUAUAUAUUAAUAUAAUUCCACAUCAUAUUUUUAAAAAUCCAAAUAUUGCUGAUACGUGGUUUCUGGUAUCAGGCUUUUCCCGCAUGGAGCGCUAUGAAUGUGUGCAAGUGAACCUCAGCAGGACUGUGCUUUGCCAUUCUCUGUAGGGUGCCAUGAGACCAGCAAUAGGAUUUGCAGUCCAGGUUCUUUCUUCCUGUUCUUGCCGUCUUGCCAGUUCUGAAUUUCAAAAAUUAGAUAAGACUUUUAGCAUAUUCUCUGGGUUCAAUAUUUUAGCCAUUUUAAAAAGAAGGAAAGAAAAGGCUUUCUAGUAAAACAGUCUUCAAAUAAGAAGAACGUUUAAAGAAUGCUUCUUCAUUCUGGCUGUUUUUUCUAGUGGUACUCAGCAUUUUAGGAGUUAGGGUUCCAUGUAAUGACUUGGACUACGUUUGCUUUCUGGUUUAUAAUAUGCGCUACACAGCAUAGGCUUUCCCCACUGGUAAUGUGGAGGAGAAAGAACUGUCUCUUAAUCAGCAGAAGCUCUCUUUUAAUCUUAGUGCCAGGGGUACCAGGUUGUAAAAAUGAGUCCUGGUCUCUUUCACCACUUUGUAAACCACCUACUUUAUUCCUGUGGGAUUUAUCAUAAGGGUUGAACGUCAUCAGAGCCAAUCAUCAGUGCAAGUUUUUUUUGGACUGCCAAAUUCAGAAACUGACUCAACAGGGUGCGUUAAAUAGGAUACAGACAUCAUAUCAAUAUCUCCUAUUAAAGAAGAAAGAAACUACUAGUGAAUCUCAUCAUAUAUUUAGGUUCCUGAAAGAUGCAAAUGAGAGAAGGUUAUUGGGCACCAUGUUUUGCUUACUUAAUUUCAUAAAGCAAUAACUAUAUAGGUUGCCCACUUGUUAGCAUGGCCAUGAAGAUGUAGUGUCCACCCAAGCCAUACAACUCAAACUAUUUCCUUACAGCUGACAAUAGGAUAUUAGGGCCAAGAAACAAGGAAAUACUGUUCUAGAUUUUAAAAUCCUGCAGCCAUUUGAAACAGACAUUUUUCUUUCCCUGCCUAAAAAGUUUUUCUGGAUGAACCAAUGCCUUUUUGAAACUCUGGUUGGUCCUCAGUGUCCGAUUUUGAGGUAGGCAGUGUUCAUGAAGACUGGUGGUUCAGAACAGAAGCCCUUUCUCCAAGGCUAGAGUCAGGUGCAGAGCAGUCUUGCAGUGUAGUGCCCUGUUUCUCUGCAGCUUUUAUUUAAGGACAUAAUCUUUUUUUCAUUUUUCCGUUUGUUUUGUUUCAAAAUUCUAGGACCAUUCUACCUCCAAUAUUUCAGAAUAGGAUAAAUGUUUGGGUGUUGUAGUUUUUCCUGGGCACGUGACUACAAAACGGAAUCACAGUUUGUGUUAACCAGCAAUUUAGAAAUAAGGUCUGUGAAAAUGUUGUUCAUCCACAUUCAAGACCAGUUUAAGAAAAACGUUUUUUAGAGUUGUUGAUCACUUUACAGAAUGUCUUUCUCUACUACAUAGGGUGUCAGAUUUUUAAUUGUAGAUGUUAAGGUUGUAGAGACUAUCUUUUUUUAAUCUUUCAUCUGCUGAAGACUUGGAUAAGAUGGUACUUGUGACCCAUCGUAUCAAAUAGGUAACAAUUCAGAGGGAGACACAAAAAUAACAUUCUGUCACCAAAAGGCUAAUCAGUUUUCUGAAAACGGAGUUCAAAUUUAUUUUUAAAAGUUUAUCAUGAGGUUUCAUUCAGGGUUUGCUGUGAAUACCAUCUUAUUUUUUAAAACAAACAUACAAGUACUAAUUUGGGCUUGUGCUGCAUAGAACUACAGUGGUGCUCCAUCCUGACAGUACUUAUCUAAAGAGUAAUGUCUAGACCUGGAGCUGAAACACUGAAACAGCUGUGGUUACAAUAGACCAGUGUCAGUGAAAGCAGUUAUUGAAUCCAUUGUAGAAAGUUUCUAAUCUGUUCUGCAGGUGGCUGAUAGUUAACUGGACAUUUGACCCUGAUGAGGAUUAUGAUACUGUAAUCUUAUAGGUGUGCUGGCUAAUCAAAAGUAUUAUGAUUACAUUGUUGAUGGGUAUUCUUAAAGGAUUUUGAUCGUCACUGGUUCGUUAUGACCUCACUAGUUACAGCUCUUUUACAGCUAUUGUACCCUCUGGAGCUGUGCGUUUGGGCAAUUUCUACUGUCCUGUACACUGGUUAACAAGAUCACUCUUAAUUCCAAAUACUUUGUAAUAUAGAUUUGAGCUCAAACCAUUGCAUUACAUGAAAUGAAAUUCCCUCCAUAGAGAUUUACUUCAUCCCAUAGCCUUUCUAUUGUAGUGGGAUGUCCUGGUGAAAUCGAAGUAUUCUGUCCUACUGUACCAAUACAAAGGUUAGCCCGUUUGCUGGAUUAGUCCGAUUUGGCAACUCGGUCUAAGAUACAUUUUUCCAUAGAUAUUUCAUUCAAUACUGGUAGAUUGUAAAAUGCAGCCUUUUUUUUUUUUUUACUUUAGUUGACUGUCUAAGACACUAACACAAACCCCAUUUCUUAUUCUUUCGGAAAAGAUUACUGCAUUUUUAUACUUCACAUACAUUUUACCUGAAUUUGGGCCUUGUGUAGGGAAGGGAGAUGUCUAUUAUUUACAUAGUCCAGACUUUCAGGCUUUUUAAAAAGGGUGUACAAAUCUAAUCUGAACCCGAUUCCUAAACCUGGUGACCUUUUCUUUAGCCUGUGAGGUUACAUGCUUGGAAAUUCUUGAAACUACAGCCCCUGUACUGCACUAUAGAGACAAAGUCCUCUUUUGUGUAAUUCAGAUUGUCGGUUCUCCAAGUCACCCAAUGUUUUAAUUUAUUUAUUUAUUUUGUAUUUAUUAUGUUUAUGUAUUGGCACAUAAUAUGCAGAUCUGUUCAUAGGAAUUUUGUAUGCAACCUGACGCUAUUCUGCCAUUGAAUUUCUUUUUUUAUUUUGUACCAUUCACUAUGCAGUCAAAUCGGUGUAUUUCAAGUGUGUCAGUUCUGUGUGUGUGCAUGCGAGUAACACAGGCGUUACAAAAUUACUGUGAAAUAUUUAAAAAUAGUUUGUGGUCAUUAGGAACAAUGAAGACUGUAUACACUUUUGCAUACAUACCUCUCUUCCACGUACGUAUGUGAUAUUGCAGGUAGAUGAAGAAACCAUAAGAAGAGUUACAAAUCAACAAAUGCCAGUCAGAUCUGGGUUUAAGGGAUAUCAGGAGACAAAUGUGCAGUGAGAUCAGGGUUAUUAGUUUCUACACUGUUUCUAGCAGUUCUUUACAAAGCUUGCAAUGUGUGUGUCUGUAUAUAUAUAUAGGCCUAUAUAUUUUAUUCCUACAUCUGUAUUAUACUGACAUUCACAUACAGUAUGCAUGUUUAUAUAUGUACACACACAUACCCAAGUAUCUUACUUCUGCUUUGUGGUUACAGUUGAGGCUAUUGUGGUUGUCAUCCUGACUCUGUAUUUAACAGUGUGGUCAUCUGUACUGUAGACACUACUUAUAUUUCCGAACCCAUGUCACUGACGUGCAGGGUUAGAGGUGUGAUCAUUUCUGCAGCGGAUCUGGCUUCUCUCUCAAACUAAAUUAUCCAAUACCAACCUCUCUGCCCUAAUCCCCUCCUGCUGCCUCGCCAGUCACAGCAGGGUUCGGUUCAUGCCACUGGUGUGUGUGUGCGUGCUUUUGGUUGCCAAUGAGCGCGAUCCCAGGUACUGCAACGCGAAACGAUGCCAACACGUUUGAAGUGUGCUCUGGAAAAUGGAAGUCUGCCCCUUUGCCAUUCAUUUCAGUGCAGCUGCUGUGCCCUGCUCUGUGUUUUUGCAUGACCAGUGCUGCUGCUUUGUGUUCCAUUGUUACUGCUUUUAUUCGUCUAUUUUUUUCUUAUAUUUACACAUAAGUGCCUUAACUCAUGAUACGAUAGGCGUUGUGCUAUGUGUGUAUGUGUAUGCUGUUGUGUCGUACUGUUGGCUGUCAAGGAGGAUCUCGGGGAGGGUGUCUGGAAACGGACACCCCCUCCUCCCCAGCGUUAUUCCUCAACUAGCUGGGUUCAGUAGUCCUACAGCUGCUGUGGCAACUGGCUGCUUCAUUUGUUUUCACUUCAGUUCGCUUCUGGGGUAAGGUAGUGCAGGGCAUCAUGGGGAUAUUUUGUUACAGAACUUCACUUGCAAUUGUUGCCGGAUCCCUUCUUACAAUACCCUUAACUUGCUAUACUCAUUAGCCAUAAUUACCUUUUUUUUUUGGGGGGGGGGGUGUUCAGUCAAAACAGUUUUGGUUUCCUCUGAUGUCGGAGGAGGCUGGAGCUCUCUGUGAGGGUUGGAAUGCACACCACAUGAAAGAUACUGAAAGGGUUGGUUUGGGAAUGAGGCUCUCAGGACUUGAAACGCCCAGGAUAUGUCUGUGCACUCCUGAUGCUGAAGUCUUAGUGUAGCAAGGACUGUAGUGCAGUCCAUAUGUGGCCAUACCAUGUACUGUUUUCAUCAACAGAUUGCUUGAUCAAGAUUACUGUGGGUCCUUAGAAGAAGAGAAAUGCAAAGGAUCACUUCAAUAGUGACUUUUUCUGUCUGGAUGUUUUACCAUUUUUGUUACCAUUUUCUUUUUAUAUUUAAGUAUGCAGUAACUUGUUUUUUGUA